AUGUACUUCAACGACUACUCGACGCUCGUGCAGCAGCAGGGCAUGCUGCAGGACCAGGUGCGCACCUCCAUCUACCAGUUCGCCAUCCUGGAGAACGCGGCGGACUUCCGGGGCAAGCGCGUGCUCGACGUCGGCGCGGGCACGGGCAUCCUCUCCUUCUUCGCCGCCCGCGCCGGCGCCGCUCGCGUGUUCGCCGUCGAGGCGUCUGGCAUGGCGAGGCACGCGGAGCAGCUGGCCGCGGCGAACGGGCUCGCCGGCGAGGUGAGCGUGCUGAACCAACGCGUGGAGGACGUCGAGCUCGACGAGCGCGUCGACAUCCUCAUCUCUGAGCCGCUCGGCAUCGCGCUCACUCGGCGCCCCCACACCGGAUGCAGGCCCCUCUCUUCCCUGCCGCCCACCGGCCCUCCCCCGCCUCUGCGGCGCAGGAUGCUCGAGUCGUACCUCGUGGCGCGGGACCGGCUCCUCAAGCCGGGAGGCAAGAUGUACCCCGACCAGGCGGUGCUGUACGCGGCGCCGUUCACCGACGCGGCGCUCUACGCCGAGCAGCAGCAGAAGCUCCACUUUUGGGCGCAGACAAGCUUCUACGGCGCAGCUCGCCGCAGCGAGGGCCGGCCGAGCCGAGGGCGGCGCGUCGACCUGAGCUCGCUGCAGGAGUCGGCGGAACGCUUCUACUUCUCGCAGCCCGUCGUGGGGCCCGUCGCGCCGCACUCGCUGCUCGCGGCGCCGGCGGCGCUCGAGUUCGAUUUCACGACGAUGACCCUCGGCACGCCUCGCAGAGAGAGGCGCCGCCGGCGAGGGGUGCGUCGCCUCACCGCCUCGCGCGCUCCCCCCCUCGCCGUCCCGGGCGCAGGCUUCGCCCUCUGGUUCGACUGCCGCUUCCCGGGCUCGCACCGGCAGGUCCAGCUCUCGACCGGGCCAAACGAGCCGCUCACGCACUGGUACCAGCAGGUGCGCGCGCUGCUCAAGUCGCCGAUCGCCGUCGGCGGCGGCCACACGGUGACGGGCACGAUGGUCUGGGAGGCGAACGACGCGCGCGGGUACAAUGUGCACAUCACGGCGCGCAACGCAAACACGGGCGUCGACGCGAGCAACGUGCUGGUGACGCAGUGCGCGCUCCACCACUUCCAGUACUCCUCUCAGACGUCGCAGUCGAGCCCGCCCCUCUUUGGCGCCGCCGCCACAGCGCCCCUUCCGCUGCCGGAGGAGGAGCCGUGA